CUUCGCCCCACAACAGCGCCAUCCUCCUGCCGCGUGUUUUAUCGGGAAAGACCCCGUUUUUCUACACUGGAAAGGCACGGAAAGGGUUAAGGGGCUUUUUUUUAAGGUUCAGAUCGAUGCGUCCUCUCCCUCAAGUCGUCGCCAUGAACAAAUGAGUUCGCGGGGAAUUAAAUAUCUAUUUCACAAAGGAGAGCGAGUCCUGUGUUUCGAACCCGAUCCCACCAAGGCGAAAGUGUUGUAUGACGCCAAGGUCCUUGAUGUUUUGUUAGCUACAGAUGAACAUGGAAAUCGGAUCCCAAAGUACCUGAUUCACUUCAAUGGUUGGAACAGGAGCUGGGAUCGCUGGGCUGCAGAGGAUCAUGUCCUAAAGGACAGCGAGGAAACAAGAAAAUUGCAACGUAAACUGGCUCGCAAAGCUCGGGAUCGCAUGAAGAAAAAGGGAUGGGCGAAGCGGCGGCGGCGCCAGUCGGGAAAUAAAUCCUCCCGCAAAACGCUGCCCAAAGAGGAUGACAGUGAUGACGCCUGUGAGAAACCGCCAGCCUUCUCGGCCGUUUCCCAGCUGCCCCCAGCAGCCAAACUCAGCCCACCCAACCCCUGCUUGUUGGUUCUGUCGCCAGGUCUGACGUCAACGUCUGAGAGUAGCGACGGGGACGAUUCUGACCCAGAAUCUUCGAAUAGCGGGGAGAGCACCUUCUCUGAGAAUAUCAAUAAAAUGCGGGCUGAGCCCGAGAUCAAUCCAAAGAGAGACAACGAGGAGAAGAUCGUGCACGUUGACAUCAGCAUCCCCGACAUUCUGAAGAAGAAACUGGAAGACGACUGCUUCUACAUCAACAAGAGGAAGAAGCUCGUGAUGGUUCCCUGCCACACCAACGUCGUGCACAUCCUGGAGUCCUACGUCAAGCACUUCGCCAUCAACAAGGCGUUCAUGAUCAACGAGCGGCACCGGCGUCAGCAGAACGCGGCGCAGAACACCACGCCGCCGCCGGUGCCUCCGGAGAAGAGUGAGGACCUGUGUAAAGAGAUGGUCGACGGCCUGAGAAUCACCUUCGACUUCACCCUACCCAUGAUCCUCCUCUACCCGUGCGAGCAAGCGCAGUUCAAGAAAGUCAGCUCGUCCCGCCUCUUCCUGGCCAUGAACGAGUGCUCGCCCUGCUCCAGCAACGCCCAACGCGAGCGCAGCCCCAGCCCGCCGGUGCACAACCCGCCCACCCCGCAGUCCACCGACAGCCAGCCGGACCUGAGCGACAUCUCGGCCAUCACGCCCACGGCGCCGGCGCCCACCCCGAAGCGCCGGAGGCACCCGGACAUGGACUGCAUCUCCUACCAGUCGCAGUCCCAGUCGCUGCGGCGCUCCACCAGGAACACGUCGGGGGGCGAGCGGCCGACCGAGGGCAGCAGCGGAGGCGGAGGCAGCACCACGGCGUCGCCGCUGCUGAAACGCAGGACAGCCGACAUGUCGUCACAGCCCAGGUUCUUCCUCAACCUCGACAGACGAACGCCGGUGCACAGCGGCUCGUCGUCCCCGCUGCCCGUGACGCCGGGCAGGGAGCGCGGCGUCCCGUUCUACGGCCUGCAGAGCCGCCGGAACAACGAGCUGAACGAGGUGUUGAGCUGGAAGCUGACCCCUGAUAACUACCCCCUGAACGACCAGCCCCCUCCCCCCUCCUACCUGUACGGGGCGCAGCACCUCCUGCGGCUCUUCGUGAAGCUUCCUGAGAUCCUGGGGAAGAUGCAGAUCCCAGAGAGGAACCUGCGCGCCCUCAUCAAACACCUGGAGCUCUUUCUCAGGUUUCUGGCCGAGUUCCAAGAGGAUUUUUUCCCCGAGUCUGCCUACGUGUCGGCGUCCGAGGCGUACUACAGCAUGAAACAGCCGCGACCGGUUUACUGAACCCCUCUUUCCUUGACCCUUUCGCUCGGCUUUAUCCUUUUCUAAGACGUAUGCAAUUGGCUGGCUUUUUCUUUCUCUAUCAAAAACCAAAUUCCUCAAGCAUUCCCCUAAUAACCCUAUCGUCUGGCGUCGGCGGGAAAUAAAACUGGCCUUUGAAGCCCCCCUUUCUGUCUCUGACGAAGCCUCUUCUGCCGGCCCAACAAUCUAAUUUUGGAUCCUCUGGAGGGUUUUCCAUGCAGGGUUCAUGUGCCUCCAAUCGCCAGUUCCUGCGGUCCCUUCCCAUCGGCCCUUCGGCCGCUCCACAGCCUCGCUAAGACUUCCUGUCCCGGAGCUAAUCGGUCGCUCUAAUUAACAGACUGUUGGAAGAACUUUCGUUCGGGAAUGUUGUAUUUUCCUCCUCUUGACUAACCCUCUGAAUCCCCGCGGUCUUUUUGGGGUUCUCUCCCUCGUCGUGGUCGUCUUUUGGCUCCGUGCACGUCUCGUCAAUGUCUUAGUCUGCUCUGUCCUUUUGUGUCUUUGACCCAAAAGUUGCAAUUUGUGUUUGAAAAAAAAAAUCCAAUAUAUUUUGUCCCGAGGAAGACGCUAUUUUCAGACACUAGAGAUUUCUCGACUCGAUUCAGCAGCAGGAACGUUGAACAAUCACUUCAGUGAACAUUGCUAUUGACGCCGUGCCCAGCUGAGCGUUUCCCAAGACAUAACAGAUGCUGGACGCACGCCCAAGUGUUCCAGCUCUGGCUAUGACAAAGCAAUCAAUAGUCACUUGUAGCUUUGUGGAAAUGUAAAUAAAUAGCCCUGUAAGUAUGUUAUUUAUUCGUCUUUGCUUGACGAUUUGGACAAUACCCCACACUUUGUUUCGGGCCCGUAUAGAUUUGUUUGCUUUCCGUGUUCGGCUUCGCGUCUCCUCACGUUCUGCUUCUUUUUUGUACUUGUUCAUAGUAUAAAUAAAGAUUUUUU